AAUUUAAAAACUUAGAUAUCCACAAAACCGUAUGUUUUGGUUUUUGUUAGUGGAUUCUGAACUUAUUUUUUUAUGCUAAAUGAAAGGAAUUGUGAAGACAAUCUGGUUUUUGUAGUUCAUAGCAGGGGUGGAGCUACAGGGGGAGAAGGGGGGCUGCUGCCCCACCAGUAAAAAUCUUUGCCCACCUCCAGUUUUUGAGUCAAUAUUAUUUUAAAUAUCGACAAAGCUUAAAAUAAAUCACCAAUUCAAGAUUUUAUGAAUUACUAGUAGCAUUUUAACUAAAAUAACUGGUGUUUUAAUAUUUUGCCCUUCUCAUUUUCCACCCUUCCAAGGUUUUUUUUGCCCCCACAUGGUUUUGCCAGGACUGCUGCAGGACAGAAUAUAAUCUGAACCUUAAAUUUUCUCUGAGAUGAUAAUCCAUUAAAUGAUUAAUUUUACACUAAACACCAAACAGAUGAAAGAGAAAGGUAUUUAAAGCAUGAAAGGUGAUGGAAGUGCUAUAAAUAAAACCACAUGGUUAUGAAAGCGACCAGAAGUCUCCCAGCUAAAAAAAGAAACAAUGCUGCUGUAUUUUACCUGCAGGCACCCGGGCAGGUAAAGACGCUCACACCUGACCUGGAGACUAUUUUAGGCUAAUCCUCCUGUUGUUCAUCCGAGAGAUUAACUCAGAAAACGUGCUUUAAAACAUCAAAACCUGACAGGUUUGACUUCAAGAGAAUGUCAUUUUUGUGUUAUAACAAAGUAUUGACAAUGUAGAGGCCAAACGAGGAGAUAAAGAGACAGAAGUCAGUCCAGAAAUAGUGAGGAGGGAUGACCUGGGGGGGCGUGGCCUGAUAAUCCAGAAGGAUCCUGUGAGUCAAUCCUGGUGGGAACCAGAUUUAUCUCCGAGUGUGUAACGACCCGAGGAGGUAAUAUAAAAACAAGCGCAGGUUUGAAUCCCGUCAGCUGGUGAACAGCUUCUUCUGCUGGUGAAGGACCAAACGUCAAAGCAACAAAACGGACAGCAGCUGAGGAUCAUGGCGCUCCUGAAGUCGGGCUGGCUCUGGAGACAGACUGCGGUGCUGAAACGCUGGAAGCUGAACUGGUGUGACCUCUGGAUUGAUGGGAGUCUGUGCUUCUACAAGAGUGACAGCAGGCGGGAUCUGGAGCUGCGCGUCAGCCUCAAGAUGACAUGUAUCGACGUGCGGACUGGCCUGGAGUGCGGAGUAGGUGUGAAUCCACCAGAGAGCAAUCCCAGAGAGAAUCUGAUCGUGCUUCACUUCAGAGACGGUUCAACGCUCAACCUGUGUGCCAACAGUGAAGACGAGUCUCUAGCGUGGAAACUGACGAUGCUGGACACCAGGAGAAACCCGGUGUUCCAGUACGACCCGUAUGAUGACUCCUACCAGGCUGUUCCUCUCAACGGCUACCACACCAUCUACAUCACUCCAGGAGCAGGGCCAGGAACUCACCAGGUUGUGGUUCAGAGAGAUCCGUUUGACGGCGUCGCAGAGAGCGUGGCGCUGGGUCUGCUGGCAGGUGUGGCGGCGGGAGCGGCCAUGCGCUCCUUCCUCUGGAUGCCCUUCUUCUUCUGCUGAGAUGAUCCACACAAAUCCCUGUAGACCUUAGAGU